AUGAAGUCUAAACAUCCGGGCCCACUUGGUGUGGCCGCAGUUGUCAAGGCCUCCAAGGAUCCCUCCUUUACCCCACGACCAAGUAUUUGGGAUGAAUUUUCUAUCCCCGAUCGUGUAGCCAUUGUCACCGGUGGAAACCGUAACAUUGGCCUGGAAAUGGCAUUGGUGCUGAGCGAGAUAGGUGCAAGGGCCGUCUACUGCAUCGACCUUCCGGGGCAGCCAUCUGACGAGUUCAAACUCACGAAAGACUAUGUGGCUAAAUUCGGCGGGCGUUUGGAGUACGUUUCUGCGGAUGUAACCAAUCAAGUGGAGAUAUGGGACAAAAUCAAUAAGAUAGGGGACGAUGAAGGCCGAAUAGACGCCUGUAUCGCUGGGGCAGGUGUCUUGGGUAGAGAGGUGGACUGCUUAGAUUAUUCCGCAAAGGCGUUAGAGGAGGUCAUGAGUGUGAAUGUCAAUGGCGCUCUGUUUACGGCGCAGGCUGCUGGUAAACAGAUGAUUCGUUUCGGGUUACCUGGUAGUAUCAUCAUCAACGCGUCUAUUGCAGGUACAACUACAAUAAAGGGUCGCCAAUGGGUGGGCUACAACACUAGUAAAUCUGCCGUUCUGCAAAUGGCGCGGAGUAUGGCCUGUGAGCUUGGCCAUUUGGGCGUACGUGUCAAUACACUUUCAGCGGGACACAUACGGACAACCGACGUAGUUGAACCGGAUUCGCAAGUAUUCCAAGAAUGGGCUGGUCGUAAUCCAUUGGGUCGUCUUGGUAGGCUUGAUGAGAUGCGUGGGGUAACCGCAUGGUUAGCAAGUGAUGCCUCGACUUUCUGCACAGGUAGCGAUAUUGUUGUUUCUGGUGGUUACACCAUCUGGUGA